AUGGAACCUACACUCGGUCCUAUGUUUGACUGCUUAUCCGGACCAUCACUUCCUCCAGUUACUGGACUGGUAUCGACUUCCAGUCACGGAAGUCUGAUGUCUUGGUCAGCACCGACCACUCCAGCUAAAGACCCCAUUUCCGGGACCGUGCCGAUUAGGCCACGUAAAAACACUGAGAUUCAGACUGUGGAAGCCGUCCCGAGUCGACCAUAUUUCGUGGACCAGGCUGCUGGUUCAGGUCACAACGCGGCACACGCACAGCAAGCGAGAGAGCGUUAUGGGUUUUUGCUCGGACCACUAGGUUCUCGAGCGUUACCCACGGCCCGACACAGCGGGUCAUUUAGACUUUGUCUGGAGGAACCCUACAUUCCGAGCUACAUGGAUCCCUCCAGCGGUCCGGAACCAUGUGUUGUGUGCGGGGACAAUGCAACUGGAUUUCACUAUCGAGCCAUGACUUGCGAAGGUUGCAAGGGAUUCUUUCGACGUUCCAUACAAAAGAAGCUGGUGUACACCUGCAAGUUUCAAGGCCAUUGUUCGGUUUCCGAUAAACAGAACCGCAACAGUUGCCAAAAGUGCCGUUUCGAUCGAUGCAUUCGUGGAGGAAUGGCGAAAGACUUGGUUCUUGAUGAAGAUAAAAGGUUAGCGAAACGCCGUCUGAUCGAAGCCAACCGGGCGCGGAAGCGUGCGGAAGCUGAUACCAUUAAUCCUCCUGGUCCGAUCGCUCUUCAACCGGCUAUGUCUAACUUGGCCACACCUUCUUAUGUGACCCAAGCAUACCUUUCCGAAGUGAACAAUCCGCACGGGAUCAGUCAGCCAAUGCCCAUAGUUCCCAAAGUGGCUGAGAAUGUUCCUCCGAUUCUUUACUCAACGGAACAAUCAAGCCAACCGAUUGACGUUCCCAAUGCUAUGUACUGGUCACAUGUGGUCACUCCAUACCCAAUGCAUCAUGUACCCGCACCUGGUUACGCCACCGCUGUUACUGCAUCUCCUGUUUUCGCUCAGUCGUCGUAUUCAUCUAUCAUACAAACCUACGGAACCCGUGCUUCUGAGCCGACCGGUGGAAAAGAUGAUCCAAACGUCUCUUUCCUCAUGAUUCCUCAACCCACUCCUGCGGUUGAGGCCAAACGAGUGUGUUUCAGUUUAACACCACCACCUCAACCGAUUCCGGUCCCAUGCAGCUCUUCGAAUAUGGCGGUUAGGCCAUUCUUCCAACCGGAACCAGUCAAUCGCUCCCAAACAAUCCAACCGAUACCGGUCACCGUGAGAGAGAAGGCAGAGGCGGUCAAUCGUUGUCCACCAAAACCUAUCAACCGAGUUCAAUCAGCCAACGUGGAAUACACUUGGACUCGUGAGGACGAGACGAUGGUGGAUUCAAUUCGUUUAGCCUAUCGUGAAAUGAUAGUCCCAUCCGAUAAGGGUGUGGCCAAUACGGACGGUGACGAUGCUGAAUCCGCGUUCCAAACCACACCUACCUCGUCCAAUAUCUCCUCAUUGAUCGAACCGAUUAUUGCACGUCUGGUUGCCUUUGCAAAAUUGGUCCCCGGAUUCGGUCUGCUUGGUGCUGACGAUCAGACACGGCUUCUCCGUGGUUGUUGCUUGGAUGUGAUCACUCUGCGUGCGGCUUACAUUCUCAGUUUGAAUGCACGGCAAAAGGGCCUUAUCGAUUUCUUGCCCGUGCCAAACUCGAGUGGAAGUGAUUUGGCCGUGGGUCACAACGCCAACACCAGCAGCAGCACUCUGGUCAUUCCCAAUUCGACCUAUCCUCAACUCGGAUUGUCUGACGCGAAAUGCGCACAGAUGAUCCGUGCAGUAGCCAUGAAACUGGCUCGAUUGGAAAUCGAUCAAACAGAAGUUGCUCUCAUGGCUGCAAUUCUGCUGAUGUCCCCAGGUAGGUGGAUGCUUCAAGUCCCAUGGCCUCAUGGGACUCAUUUUUCAUUUUACCUCUUUUUAUUGAAUAUACAAAGAUACAAUUUUCGGGAAGGGGUCAAUCAAAGGGCUGCCGUUCAAAACAAUGGGGAAAGUCCGGCGUUGGUGGUGGGAUUCGAAUACACAUCCCGGGGUGAUAAUUUGGUGACGUUACCACCGGGUCGCCACUGCCCUACUUGA